AUGGGAUGCACCGAAUGGGUGGAAAUGAAUCAGAAAAACAAACCACAGAGCAACGCAAUAGCAACAGGAAUCUUGGCCCUGCUCACUACUGGCAUGUUUUUGGCUGGAACUUUGUACAAUUCAAAAACUGAAUCUCUGAAAUGGACCCUCGAACAUUCCGAUUCAACAGUGCUGUUAACGCGGUUACUCUUUCACAUUGCGUCGGUCGUAGGCGCUCUUGCAACAUGGUUUCUGAUCCAGCGGUACGCCAAAAAACAAAUCAAUUUUGUGCUGAUGUCGUUUGUGAUCAUUGGUAGCAUAGUUUCGAUUGCAGCGCCAAAUCAUCUGAUUGCAGUUGCAUUUGCUCGCAGUUUGAUGGGUCUAGCCCACGGCAUGGCAUAUCUGGUGGUAUUGAUUCAUGGCGGAGAAAUACUUGUGAAGGAACUUCGUGGUGUCAUUAUGGCUGCGGUAAACUUUUGCAUCAUCUCUGGGAUAAUGAUUGGAGCUAUAAUGAGCUCAGUAAACGAAGCUUCUCUGGAACCCCAUCAGUUUAUGGGAAUAUUAGGUCUUUGUUACAUGGCGAUGGCAUUCUUUCUCAAUUUACUUGUCUGCUACGAAUCGCCAGUGUUCUUGAUGCAACGAAAUCUGAACGCGGAAGCGGAACGGAGCCUCAUGAAGCUUCGUAAUGAAUCUACAGCGACGUGGGAUAUCCGCAACGAAUUGACCGAAAUCAAAGCUAUGCUGUCAGAGGACGCAUCCACCACGGGGUCCAUUUUCCGGGAUGGUAACCUUCGACCUCUAGUAUUGGUCGGACUAGGUAAGAUCGCGUCAGUGCUAUCGUUUAACUGUGCAGUGAAUUCAGUCAAACUUAACGUCAUUGAUGAAGUGUUGAGUAUCAAGGAUGCCGACGUAAGCCUCUCUGUUACCAUUCUAACGUCGAUUCGGCUCGUUGUUGGCAUGUUCGGCAUGUUUACGGUGGAUCUAUACGGUCGACGAGCACUGCAGCUGGUAUCCACCGUAUCCACCGGGCUCGUCCUUUCGGCGAUGGGAAUUGCGUACUUAGCAACUGAUUCUAUAACACCAGAAGUAGGAAUGGGUGUUUUGCUGGCCAGUGAAGUAGGAGCUUCCAUCGGGCUUACCUUCGUUCCGGAUGUGCUCUGUUCGGAAGCCUUUAACACGAAAAAGAAGGCCCUCACAAUAACGGUUCUGCAUGUGCUUGAGAACGCACUUCACGUGAUCAUCUAUUCCAUCAUCUUCCAGUGGGAUUACUGGACGACGCAAGAAUAUUACGGUGGAACUCUUUUAGUGGCUGGUGCCCCGCUGCUUGCCAUUGCAUUCAUGCUUUAUCGGAAGCUUCCAGAAACGUCUAAGAUGUCGAUUCGACAAGCAAGGAUAGAAUUUUACAAACGCGAAGGUAUUGUGUUCGGUGGCAGCAAAAAUUCGGUUGAAGUGCUCUACGAUUGA